UGAACUCGGCGACGGAGGAAGAGAUCAAAUCGGAAAAAGAACGGGUAGUAUAAUGGCGAGGCCAAGAGGAAGCGGCGGGGAAGGUGGGAAGCGGCUGCCCAAAGCGAGCCGGGCCGCGUCUCCUCCCCCCACCACCACGCCUUCUUCUACCCCCCACCCCCGCCUCUCCCCGGCCAGACCAGACCGCACCGCGUCCACCUCCUCCCGCGCUUCUCCGCCGCGCUGCCGAGUCGAGUCCCGCGCGUUUCCGCCGAGGACGAGCAGCCGCGCGGCGCGUCGAGGGGUUUGUCUUUCUUUGAUCGGGUAGCUGAGGCUGAGCGGGCAAGGAUGAUGCGCGACACGGCGGCGGUGGCCGUGGCGGCGCCGCGGUACAGGGGCGUGCGGAAGCGGCCGUGGGGCCGGUUCGCGGCGGAGAUCCGCGACCCGGCGAAGCGCGCGCGCGUCUGGCUCGGCACCUUCGACUCCGCCGAGGCCGCGGCGCGCGCCUACGACGUCGCCGCGCGGACCCUGCGCGGCCCGCUCGCCAGGACCAACUUCCCCUGCGCCGCAUCCCGCCUCCCGCUGCCCUCCCAACACCAAGGCUGCGGCGGCGGCGGCCUCGUCGCGCCGGCACCCGCCGCGCCGACGUGCAGCUCCGGCUCCACCGUCGAGUCCUCCAGCGGGCCCCGCGGGGCGCCCAGGGCUGCUGUUGCUGCGGUGGCGCCUCGAAUUCGGAGGCGGUCGGUGAAGCCGCGUCCGGCAGCGCCCGACGCCGACUGCCAUAGCGACUGCGCCUCGUCGGCCUCCGUCGUGGACGACGGCGACGACGCCUCCACGGUCCGGUCCCGCGCGCCGUUCGACCUAAACGUCCCGGCGCCGGUGGACGAUGACCACGCCCUCGAACUCUGCACGGAGCUGCGGCUCUGAGCGAUAGGAUCCACGAACAAAUAACAGCGAAAACAGAGAAGGCGAUUUUGCUCCGGUCUUCUUUUCCUGACUAAAUUCUGAUAUGAUUGACUCGUGCUCGAGAGAGCUACUGUUCUGUACGCGAUAUGAAUGGCGAUAGAUGGAUGAUUUCUGCAAAGGCGGCUCUGUAGUGUUCAGGAUCAGAUCUGGUUGCCACAAUGGCCUACACAACGAUUCAGCAAGGUGAUGGUGAGCCACGCUCCCAAGAUGCAACCUCCGCUUCUUCGUAUGGUUAGAGCAACUCGAGCAGAGCAGCUACCAUCUAUCUCCAUGUUUGCUAGAUGGGUAUAAAAAAUUAAUGAGUAAAUUGCAUCCAUCAUACAACAAUUUAUCGGGUAGGUGCAAAUUAGUCUAACAACCUAUAAAAUGUUUAAUUUAGUACAAUAACUUGACAGGUGAAUGCAGAUCGGUCCAACAACGUGUAAAAUGCCCAAUUUAAUGUAAUAAUUUGGCAACUAAGUGCAUUCACAA